GUUCCCCCGGCAACGCGGCGGGCAGCCGGGAGCCGCCGCCAUGGACGCGCCGUCGGGCGCCGGGCCUCGCCGGGCUCGCGGCGGCCUGGGCGCGGGCGGGCCGGCGGCGGCCUGGGCGCGCUUCUCCGCCUGGCUGGAGUGCGUGUGCGUGGUCACCUUCGACCUGGAGCUCGGCCAGGCGCUGGAGCUGGUGUACCCCAGCGGCUUCCGGCUCACAGACAAGGAGAAAAGCAGUAUCUGCUACCUGUCCUUUCCUGACUCCCACUCAGGCUGCCUUGGGGACACUCAGUUCAGCUUCCGCAUGCGUCAGUGUGGAGGGCAGAGGAGCCCCUGGCACGCUGAGGACAGGCAGUACGACAGCGGGGCCCCCGCGGCGCUGCAGAGGGAGCCUGCGCACUACUUUGGCUACGUGUACUUCAGGCAGGUGAAGGACAGCUCCGUGAAGAGGGGCUACUUCCAGAAGUCUUUGGUGCUGGUAUCCCGUCUGCCCUUUGUCCGGCUGUUCCAGGCACUGCUAAGCCUGAUGGCCCCCGAGUACUUUGACAAGCUGGCGCCCUGCCUGGAAGCAGUCUGCAGUGAGAUUGACCAGUGGCCAGCCCCUGUGCCUGGGCAGACCCUGAACCUACCUGUCAUGGGAGUUGUUGUCCAGGUGCGCAUCCCGUCCAGGGUGGACAAGCCUGAGCCCAGCCCUCCACAGCAGCACGACCAGGAGAACCUGCUGCCAGCCCCAGUGGUCCUCACCAGCGUCCACGAGCUGGACCUGUUCAGGUGCUUCCGGCCUGUGCUGACCCACGUGCAGACGUUGUGGGAGCUCAUGCUCCUCGGGGAGCCCCUGGUGGUCUUGGCGCCCUCGCCCGACGUGUCCUCGGAGAUGGUGCUGGCCCUGACCAGCUGCCUGCAGCCCCUCAAGUUCUGCUGCGAUUUCCGCCCCUACUUCACCAUCCACGACAGCGAGUUCAAGGAGUUCACAACACGCGCGCAGGCCCCACCAAAUGUGGUCCUGGGAGUCACAAACCCUUUCUUUAUCAAAACACUCCAGCAUUGGCCCCACAUCCUCCGGGUUGGGGAGCCCAGGAUGUCAGGGGACCUUCCUAAGCAGGUCAAGCUGAAAAAGCCCUCAAGGUUGAAGACCCUCGACACCAAGCCAGGCCUCUACACCUCGUACACAGCCCACCUCCACCGGGACAAGGCGCUGCUCAAACGACUACUCAAGGGUGUGCAGAGGAAGCGGCCUUCGGACACGCAGAGCGCCCUGCUGAGGCGGCACCUGCUGGAGCUCACGCAGAGCUUCAUCAUCCCGCUGGAGCACUACAUGGCCAGCCUCAUGCCGCUGCAGAAGAGCAUCUCACCCUGGAAGGUGGGGGUCCAGGUGGGGGCCCAGGAGGGUGGAUUUGCGUCCCCACGCCAGAGGAGGGAAGGUUGGGGACAGGCAUCCCCAUGGAGCAGAGGGGGCAGGAGGCCGCAGGUGUGCGGGAGCUGUCGCCAGGGCUCGAGGCCCCCGUGCACCACGGCUGACAAAGUGUGUGAAACGGGGCCUGAGGGAGAGGGUCCCCAGAGGGGCUCAGGGCUCCUCCCUGAGAAGGGCCGUCCUGGGACCUGCGCCAGGCAGGGUGGGGGCUGGGGUCUUCAGAGUGUGUCUGGGAAGGGUCUGCAGGGCUGUGAGGCCAGUGCCGGCUCACCUGGCCCGUCUCAGACCCCCCCACAGAUCCGCCCCUUCAGCCAGGACGACUUCCUGCGUAGCCUGGAGCACGCGGGGCCCCAGCUCACCUGCAUCCUCAAAGGCGACUGGCUGGGCCUCUACAGGCGGUUUUUCAAGUCCCCCCAUUUUGACGGCUGGUACCGGCAGCGGCACAGAGAGAUGGCCCAGAAGCUGGAGGCGCUGCACCUCGAGGCCAUCUGUGAGGCGAACAUCGAGAGCUGGAUGAAGGACAAGUCGGAGGUGGAGGUCGUGGACCUGGUCCUGAAACUGCGGGAGAAGCUGGUGCGGGCACAAGCCCACCAGCUCCCCGUCACGGAGGCGACACUGCAGCGGGCGCAGCUGUACAUCGAGAUGGUCAUCCGCUCCCUGCCCAAGGACCUGCAGGCCGUCCUGUGCCCUCCCUAGGACGGGGCCAAGGUGCAUGGUCCCAGGGCCGAGUCUGGCUGGGUCUCCCACUCCCCAGUGGUGGUGGCCCCCGGCCAAGCAUGAGCUCCCAGGCCUUGGCCCCCCGCCCAAGCUCGGGGCUCCCCUCCCUGCACCACCAUUGUCCCAGCAGUAAAUGUGACAUUUGGAACCACA